UCUCUUUUCUUUUGGCUCAGUGAGUCGCAGUAAAUCCUAUUGUGAUGCUAAACUGAUUUUCGGAAGGGAGUUACAGAGACAGAGAGAGGCAGAGAUACAGACAGAGAAGGAGAGAGAGGAGGUCUGGAUUUGCGUUUGGGCAGACCUGAUCUGAUGUGACCUUCGUACAUGUUGGAGUUUUGCCACAUUCUCCUCUCAGUAAACUUUUUAACCUUCUCCAGCGGGUAGUUUCGAGGUGUUGUUGGAGUCUGUACGCCAGAGGAUCAGCCGCUCUCUGCGCUUCAAGAAUGCACUUUGCACGAAACGCAGCUCGGUGCUCGGACACCUCCUGCUUUGCUUUCCCCCCCUUUUCUUAACGACGAAUUCUAAAUGAAUGAAGCAAAUGCGCUCGUGAAACAGAUAUCGUUUUCUUUAGUCCUCUUAGCCCAUCCUCAGUCCGCCGGGCCGCUGCCGGGCUGAGGUCAGAGGAGCACGGAGCGAGCGCUCCCUGGCCGGGCAUGGAAAGCGGCGGUCGGGCGGGGCUCCAGCCGGUGGCGGGCGAAGGAGAAGGAGGAGGCGGCUGGGUGCUAGUGGAGGCCCGGCUGCAAGGAGGAGCGCCGUGGGGCUUCACCGUGCAGGGCGGCCUGGAGCACGAUGAGCCCCUCAUCAUCUCCAAGGUGGAAGAGGGCGGUAAGGCGGACAGUUCGGCGCAGCCUCUGCUAGUGGGGGACGAGAUUAUCAUCAUUAAUGACGUGGAGCUGACUGGUUACAGACAGGAGGCCAUCGCUCUAGUCAAAGGAUCGUACAAGACUCUGCAGCUCACCGUCCGCAGGAAGCUUGAUCCUGGAGACAUCGUGGACUUUGGUACUUCACACUCCUCCGUCCAUGCUCUUCCUCCCCCUUCUCCUCCCCCUCCUCCUCCUCUUUCCUCUGUCUCGCCACCACCACCCCAACAACAACAGCAACAGAAAACACCACCGUCAUCCCACCGCAGCAGAACAUGUUCAGCAGGAGGUGUCCAGCUGCGCAUCAAGAACAGACGCAGUGAGCAGACGUCUCGUCCUCACUCAUGGCAUUCAACAAAGCUCGGUGAGGGUCAGCAAGAAGGUGACCCAGAAGCAAUGGACUCAGUGACCAGUGCCUGGCAUCACAGCUACCACCCCAGUGCCUCAACCACUGACCUAUCUGGUGGGUUUGACUCAGGCGGUACCUACCUGAGGAAGAGUCCUGACCAGUACAGCUCAAGAGGGAGCAUGGAGAGCCUGGACCCUCCUCUGUCCUCCCAGCACCACUCCAGAUCUCAGCACCACCACCCACUGGGCCACCACACCCACAGUGGACCCCACCUCACCUACUCUUCCUGUCACCAGCUAUCCUCUGCCAGGUCCUCUAACAGCAUUGAUCACCUCCACAGCAAGCGUGACUCAGCCUACUCCUCCUUCUCCACCAGCUCCAGCAUCCCAGAGUACCUUGCUUCCACCCCCUCCUACAGCCCAGAGCGCUCUUAUUCACUUGAGACUGUCUCUCAAAGAGGUGGAGGAAGUGGAGAGAUGCAGCAGGCUGACAUACGUUAUGUCCGGACGGUUUACGAUGCCCAGCAGGGCCUCUCUCAAGAGCACGAGCUGACCUCCACCUCCGCCGCAUUGACGCGCAACAGUGAUUCCAGAAGACCUGGCCUGAGCCGAGAUCUGCAAGUGGGAGGGGUUUGUUACCAUGGCAGCAGCAGUGGCAGCAGCAGCAGCAGUGGCAGUAGCAGUGGUGGUGUGCCAGCUUCAAACAGACACAGUGUGGGUCCAAUAUGGGGUCCAGCUGCCAGCUAUAGCUCCUACGAGAGCCUGAAGGGGGCACCAGCUCCACCGAGGCGCAGCGACAGUUAUGCAGCCAUCAGGAACCACGAGAGACCAAACUCCUGGUCCAGUCUGGAGCACGCACGGUCACUGCGGUCUCUGCAGAAAGGGUCCUGGCAUCACUCUAGUGGUCCUGUGGCCUCAGGUGCAGCUAAAGGAUCGUAUGGCACUGAGGGUCAGCUCCAUACAGUGAUAGAGAAGAGUCCAGAGAGCAGCCCCACUACAAAGCCCCGGCAGGGUGGAGGCUUUCCCCAGCCCCCUUCCCCUACCGGACCCUCCACAGGUCCCACCCCCCAAUCGGGUCGGUUCAUUUUGCCCACAGGCAAGUACCCUGUCCCCCAGCCUGAGCCCCACUAUGCACACAUACCCAGUGCCGGGCCAAGCUCCUCUGGAGUCUACCCUGCCCUGGCCAAGGAGAGCAGCCGACAGCAGCACCAGGGGCUGCAGGGCAUCGGAGGGAGAGAGGAGAGAGCCACAGAAGAGCAGAGAUAUGGAAAAAUGUUGUCUUCAGAAAACGGAUACCAAAGUAAUGCUUCUUCUUCAUCAUACUCUUCUUCAGCAUCUUCUACACAGCUCAGGACUCAAGCACUUGAGGCAGACAGGCCUCAACAGGAAGAGUCUAACUUUGGACUCAUUAGACCCCACAUGAAAACUGCUGGAGGCGGAUCAGAUGGCCAGACGGGAGCCCACAAGCCCCAGAACCUCCAGGGACAUCACGGUCAGAACUUCCAAGGGUCCCAUAUUCAUACAGGCCAGGGACCUCAGAGCCAAGUGUUUCAGGAGCAGACCCAGAAUUUACAUAAUCCCCACAUUCAGUCGACCUCAGGAGUCAUGCACACAUCCUCACAAGAGAGGAGAGACACCUGCUCACCUGUUCAGUCUAAGGGAGAAAGGAGCAGAUCACAGGACCAGAACAGCAUUCAUUCAGAGCCAGUGGUGUGCUCCAGGCUUACCCAGGGACAGAUGUCAACGACCCACUUACCUGCUCACCCUCAGCCUCAGGCUCCGACCACCUCCACCUCCCAGCCUCCAACCCGUCUUCUCAGUGACUCAGCAGCUCUCCAGUACCAGCGGUGGGACCACAGAGAGCAGGACAAAGACAGCGAGCACCCACUGACCCGUCUCGAGAUCGCUCUCGCUGAGGUUCAACGAUGCGCCAGCCCUGACAGUGUUGUCUCUGCUGGUAGUCAUGACAACAAUAACUUUGUUGAUGGCAGCCAAGGACCUGCCCGCACCCUCUCCGUCCUGGAGAAGGUCAGUCGUUUCGAGCGUCGGGAACGUGCCGGAAAGCAGCGCAGUCACAGCACUGCUAAUGCACACAACAAAGCCAACCAUUUGAGGACAACUGAGAAAGGACGCAACUCCACCUGUGGAGCGGAAGACCUCAGAAACAUGUUGGAGAGAAGCACCAGUGGGACCAAGGCCCACAGGACGCUGAGCUACAGAGGAGGCAGCAGCGAGCACAUGAAAUACAGGACCCCAGCAGAUCCCACUUCAGCCCUCCAGAGGAGCCGCAGCAGCUUCCAGCUGAAAGAAUCAAGGGACGGGGACAGCAACAGAGACAUGCCCUGGAAACACGACUUUCAAGAGAUGCUGGGUUCCAUGCAGGACACAUCCUUCAACAGAUCUUACAGAGAUUCUUUGAAAGAUGCCCAGUCAAAGGUCCUGCGGUCUACCUCCUUUAGACGGAGAGACCUGAGCUCCUCAAACCUCAGCCCUCCACCUCCUGUAGCUCCUCCUCCUCCUCCCAUCUCCUCCCCCAGCAGCCAUCAGCCUCCACUCAUCCCUGCCAAGCACCACUCCCUGGAGAAAAAAGGCCCCAAGACCAUGCCCAAACCACAGGGCAUCUUCAUAGUUCCACAGUCCCCACCACCAGUCACUUCUCCUCACACCCCGAAGGAGCGGUAUGUGGUCAGCCCAGAGGUUCGAGGUCCGAGCCCCCCAGCACUCCCCAGUGUCCCACCAGUUGGACCACCUGCUCUCAUACGGAUCUGCGGUCGCAAGCGUCUGGCAGCGGAUCAGAAGAAGCGUUCAUACUCAGAGCCAGAGAACAUGAACGAGGUCGGUGUAUCAGAUGCCGAAACUGCUGCCCUCUUCAGACGUGGAGGAGAGACCAGUGUGGCGGACCGACGAAAGAUGUUUGAGCUUGCAGCAAGCCGUGUCAGCGAUGGGGUUCUGCAAAAUGCCACGUCAAGGCCCGACUUACGGCAGCUUCAGCAUGAUGCUCUGGCUGAGUAUGUGGAGAGGAAGAGAGGCGUGAAAAGAGAUGAGGGAGGACAGAGGAGUGGAUUAAGGCCUCGCAGUGUUUAUCUAUUGGCUGAUAACAGUAACCAUACAGUCUCUCGUUAUCACUCAGACGCCAUCAGCCUCUCGUCCACCUCCAGCCUGCUGUCUGUCCAAGACUUUGGUGCUGAUCGAAGCUUCUCCUCUGGAGAGAGGAGAAGCUCCACCCUCCCUCCUGGAGCUGACUUGCGGAGCUUCCAGUCCAACCUCUUCUACCCAGGCAGGGUGACCACUCCGAGACCUCCAGUGCACCCGCAGCCAAGUGCUCCUCCUGAGCCCCAAUCCCAGACCUUGCAGGAUCUCAACCCUGAAACAGGGCUCAGCGGACGUAGUCAGUCCUCCUGCGGAGACCCAGACGUGGGCCACCAGCAGCUGGACACGGGGCCUCAACUCAACCUGGGCCUGUCCAAGCAGCUCGACCGCGCUCUGCACAAGGUCCAAUCAGCUCGAGGCUCUGUAAAGUCAGUUUCUGCUGAGGAUCUCCUGGAGAGAUCCGAGGACAGACGAAUGACUUCCCAACACUACCGAUCCCGCUCGUCCCCCACGGGAGAGAGACUGAACGAGGACUUCCCUCCAGGUGACAUGAGCAUGUUUGGUGAUUUGAUCUCUGAAUCUGGACGCCACCCUCUGGUUGACGACAAAUCUGCAAACAUCCGAGCAUCGGGGGGCCACGUCUCUCUUCAAAACCCCCAGAACAGUCUGAACACAGUCCAGCCUACGGGCCCUUCCCAAGACCCGAGCUCCUCCCAUACCCCCGUCAUUCGUAGGGAGCGACACAGGAACAGCGAGCGGCAGCGCGCCAACAGCACCUCCACCUUGGCGGCCUCUGUUGGCCUGCCCUGCCCAUUCUCCCCAUCCGGGACCCAGGAUGCAGGCAGUGCUGAGUGGCAUGCUAGCGAGAAGCUGAACCAGGCCAACUUGGAUGCCAUCACCUUCCCAGGUGUCCCGCAAACCGGCACAGCUGAUGGCAUCUCUGCUUGUCACGAUGAAUCCCCGGUGAUGGACAGACAGACACGCCACAGUUUGAGUAAUGGCAGCACCCUGGAACACAAUGCAAAGGACAUGCAUAGAGGGAGAGCCUUCAGUUUAGACAUGGGAGGAGGGCAUUCAGCAGAAAAUGCCAAGAGUGUUUCUCCAGUGAUGCCAACACCCCUGCCCCCCCAUUUGCAGCUUGUAGCCCCGCCAAACAGGAAGGACUGUGAGACCAUCACACCAUCUCCUCCUACGUCCUCGAAUCCGUCCAUUCAUGAGCACCUGUCCUCAUUGCGAAUAUCGGAGUCCAGCCUCUUAAGCUCCACUGACCUGCAGCAGCCACAUGAAAUGGGUGUAUUGCAGGAGGACUAUGACGAGGUAUUCCUUCAAAAUCCUGCCCCUCCGUCACCUCCUCUUCCAGUUCAAGAGACAGGCAUCAUGGAGGACUUGCCUCCUCCUCCUCCUCCUCCUCCCCUCGACUUGGAACAGGAAGUGGCACACCAGACUGUCGGAAGCCUCCUUCCUUCUUUGAAGCCACAGCCCUCCACCAUAUCAACCAGCACCACUACAUCCACCACAACCGAGGACAGCCUGGGUCUUGACUACCAGCCCUUGCCCAGGAGAGAAAAGACAUCUGAGGAGCUGCGAGUGGAGGUGCUGGCCAGGCAGCUGGUGUUGCAGGACAGCUCCCUAGCGCCUCUCUUGGACACAUGGGGGGGUAAAUGCAUAUUGAAGCUUAUGGAGGACGUCUUUCCAAACAACAAAUUGGUUGGUAAAUCACCAUUGCAGUGCAGGGACGGUAGUCAAUUGGAUGACAGGAUCCAAGAUGGUGUCUGUGAUCUUGCUCAGAGCAUGACGACGGAUCAUGAGAAAGAUACUGAUCUGGAUGAGGAAGAGAAAGACCUCAACACCAAGAAAGUGGAGCUGUGUGAGGCUCUGAGGAGCAGCCUAUCGGCUCUGCGGAAGGAGAAGGAAGAGCUGUGCGAGGAGCUGAGAUGUCACCAGGCGCUGGGGGAAAGCAUUGCAGCUGUGGUGCAGGAACACCUCAAAACUAAUGAGAAGGACAAGUACAGCAUGUUCAUCGGAGACCUGGAGAGAAUCGUGAACCUGCUGCUGUCUCUGUGCAGCCGACUGUCGAGGAUCGACCGGUCUCUGCUCUCUCUGGAGAGACAAGACCUCACACAGGACACAGCAGAGGAGAGGGACUCCCUCCAUCACAAACGCUCUGUGCUGCUCAGUCAAACUGACGACGCUCGGGAGCUGAAGGAGAACUUGGACCGACGGCAGCGCGUGGUCCACGGUAUCCUGUCGGGCUACCUCACCGAACCGCAGCUCCAGGACUACCGCCACUAUGUCAGCGCUAAACCCUCCCUUCUGAUUCGCCAGCGGCACCUUGACAAUCUCAUACGGCAGGGGGACGAGCAGUUGACACGACUGGCCGAGAGUCUGCCGCAGGAACUGGCAGAGGCUCACGGUGCGUCAAGAGCGUGUUCGUUCCCAUCAUCAAAUCCUGCCCCCUCCUGCUCUUCUCCUUUUCCACCACUGCUUCCACCCUCUGUCAUCCCAGGCCACGUCCACUCAGUCAGGUCCACCACUGUGACAUCACUGUGAUCUCUUUUUUCAGGCCGCUAUUAUGAGUGGCAGUGAAGGAUGGGGAAAUGAAUAGACAGUUUGCUCCCUAAAAACUCCCUCUGAGCUCGAGUGACGUUCUAAAUAGAAGGAGCUUUACAUGAAGGAAGAACGGGACUGAAACAGGCUCCGUUCACGCUGAAACUAUGCAGACUUCACAAGAAGGAAAGUCUUUAAUGAAGAAGGAGAGUCUUUAAUGUGUCUCAUUUUAUUCACACUCGACUGUAGGAUACACCUGUGUUCACCUCAACAUCAGCAACCAGCGCUCUGUGGACUAAACUGACUGCUGCCAACAUCUCUAAUCCUCCUCUGCUCUGAACGGUCGUUUUAAGGGCCAACACGUGUUUUCAGCUUGGAAGUUCAUUGUCAAAUACUUCAAAGGACAAUUCCAGAGUCUGUUUCAUUUCCCGCAGUCUUCCAGCUCUCAGUAAAGACCAGAGCAGCGAUUUAAAGCUGUACGUGUACAAGCCAGCUUUAAUGUAUGUUCAAAUUUCCAGACAGAUUAGAAACCACCACAUUUUCCGAAAUUUUCCCAAGGAGCUCCUCAGUGGCAGCUCCGGCCCAGCAUUCAGCAACAGCAUGAAGGCACCAGAAGGACUGGGUUAGGGACAGCAGCAUGAAUUCUGGUAAGAGAAGAAAAAAUGAUGUUUAAAAGUGAACAAAAAAGUCUCGAUCACACUGGAAUUGUCCUUUAAGAACCCUCGCUGUGGCUUCAGCAGCCUCAAACAUCAGACGUUCCUCCAUGAACUCUUCCUUUAAGAUGAAGCAGGCAGGUGUGUCAUCUCCCAAAGACAGUAUCAUCGUGUUUAAAACCAGACAUCAUUUCAUCAUCAUGUCUGACCUUUCAGAGAUUUUCACCAAACCUGCUCAGCUUUCACACAUGUACAGUCAACUCACAAAAAGAACUUAACAUGGAUAUUGGAGGACCAUGGCACACCUGAAGGGGAAGCGCUUUGAGAAACUUGUUCCGAUCACGGCCACAUGAUACUAUAACACUACUACUGUCACCACUGUCUGUAUGUCUGGAGCACUUUUUCGCAGUUUGACUACUGUUUGCAGCAGAAUUUACACUGAAUGAUAAACAUUGUUCUACUUGUGCCUCUUUAAACGUUAAUGUGAAACAUCUGAAAAUUCAGAUUCCAAAGAUUUUCAAGCGAUGAGAAGUUUGCAGGCAUCAGCUUGGUUUAAUUUGGUUUAGAAAUCUACUAUAUUUUCUUCCCAUUCUUCCCAAAGUUUCAGCUUUUUACUAACACCACAACCGCGACAAAAUUACCCAAACUCUAAAAGUCAUGUUGAUUUUUCUUUUUUUUUUUUAAAUUAAUGUCAGAUAGUCCACAAAACGUCAAGAAUAAACGUCAUUUACCAAACAACAUUAUUUAAUUUAUAAAAUGAAACACAAAAAUGUUUAAUUGAUAAGUAAUAUAAAUAAUCAGUCAUUGCAAUUGCUGAUUAAUUAAUAAUCAGCAAUCACCUAAUUAAUUAAACUGACCAGUUUCACUGUGGUUAAAAGCCUCGCUCAGUUUUCAAUGCAAAUCAAGUUAUCCAGGUUCCAAAAAACUUCCAUAACUCCUUGUGAUAUCUGAAAUAAAACAAUGUUUAGGUUUGGGGAUAUUUCUUUCUUUCUUUCUUUCUUUCUUUUUUUUUAAUUUUCCAAGGAAGUCCAGUUCUGAUUCUGAAAAGUGAUUGUGGACACUUUUAUAAAGCUGCAUAUCAUAUCUGAAAAUCUUCACAGUAUAAGCACUUUGUCAUUGACUCAGGUACUGCUAUCAGUUGAGGAUGGAGUGAAUGCACAUGUGCUCGUGUUUUCUUUAGUUCUGAUCAAAAAUCCUGACUUGUAAGGAAAGAUGAUGUUUGACACCCACAGAAAACAUGGAGAACUGAGACACAUUUUAAAGGUGCACUAAAGGCUCACUUUAAAAAAUAACAGAGGCUUUAUAUAUGGGAAGUCUCAAGCCCAGCCAGAGAUAAAAUGAAAACUCUCCACACCCAAAGUCAAUUUAUACUUGCGCGUGCAUAAAUUAUUUUAUUUAUUAUCAGUUAUCUAACAACAACAAAAGGCUACGGCCUCCUCCUGUCCAGCUUCCUUUUGCUAUUUAAACGGCGCCUCUGGGCUCAAAGGCGUAAGACACAAGGCGCAAAGGGAUUGUAUGUAGUCCCUUAAUUAUUCAUAGGUGGGUUUUGUGUAGAAUAAGAGUUAAACCAGUCAGAUUGACAUCUCCCGCCACUCAUAAAAGUCAGGUGCAGCUGGUCCACUGCAACAGGGUCUUUAAUGCGUAAGUUAUCAAUUACAUUACCUGCACUGAUCCCAGAUGAAGAGACUCUGUUGCGUUUACGCACAGGGGGACAGCAGCUUAAUCUAAACACCGACCAACACACCGAUACGACGGGCCAGGGCCAUGACCUCCAUCGAAGCUUAAAGUUUCCUCUGUCAUGUCAAGUUUAGUUAGUUUUAGCUAUUUAAUGCUGCGAUAUUAGUGAGCGCGUGGAAACGUUUAAAAUUGCUGAAAGUGGCUUCUCUAAGUCCCCAGUGCGUAACAGGCAGGGUUUACGUGCGUUGUGAAGCCUCCUGUGUCGCAUCUUACCAUGAACAAUGCGCCCAUUAAGUAGCAGGAAUAACACUGCGCCACUGACUUCAGAUCAGGUUUUUGUUGGUCAUUGGCGCAGUCCAUUUCUGCUGCCUCAAGAGAUCAAUGCGCACAACAAUGCGCCUCAUUUUAAAACCAGCUGGCCAAUGGGAGCAAAUACAAUUACUGCUUACACUAGCUGGGCACAUCAUUGGAGUUAUUUUCUCAGACUUCAGGAAGCUCCUCCAGAGCCACAGUAGGCAUUGCACAACUGUUUUCACGGGCUGAGUGGUACCUCUUUCGUGUCGUGUGGUCAAUAUUGCUGUGGACAUGAAAAGUUAACCUUAACUUGUAAGCACAACCAUUAAAACAAAUGCUACAAAAAUUAUUUCAUGUUUUGCAGAGUAGCGGGUGUCAUUUGGCUUCCCUACAGUUCAGUUCAAACGGGGACUCCAAAUGGCAUAAAGAGCACCAGUCCUACAGAAUCAAUAUUUAUUGUUUUAUUAACAGUGUUAGCACUGGGUGGAAUCUAAAAUACAGAGGUUUUCAAAUAGCUGAAGUACUGAUCAGUGGGUGUUCUUACCUGUUUUCACUCUGUUUCAUUUUACACCUUUUACACCUGACUCUUAGAUUUUAGGGCACCUUUUAAAUAUUCUCACUUUGUCAUAUACUCCAUACAUUACAGCACACGGUAUGCCUUAUGUCCUCAGCAGUAUAGUCCAGAUUUUACUGCUCGAUUGUUGUUUGUUUGUUGGUUCUUGUUAUUUGCAGAAUAUUUCAGAUGUUAUUUUGGUUUAUUGUUGAAUAAAAUUCAAUGUUUGUGUUAUGAAAAAAGAACAAUUAAAUAACAACUCCUGUUUUUGUUUUGCAAAAUAAAUGUAUUUUGUAAAAUUA